UGCCUUCUUAUGUGUAUCUAACGGCAGCUAAGCUUGCUUAAGUUGAUGUUAGCAAGCUUGCUAAUAGUUGAAGCUAUGUAGCUAACCUUAGCCAGUCGAGUCUAAACAAGAAGUUGUUUAAUGCUACAAAGUUAAACGUAAACCAAACAACGCCAGUAAGAUAUUUUAAAAGUAAACGCGGAAACGCACAGUACAGAGAUCGUGACCCAGCUAAACAGUUACUGAACAGCGCUAUCAGGGACCAGGGUACAAUCGGAUAUUAUCAUGAUGAAGACGACAGAGGAGAUUGGGAUAUGAUGUAUGCGCAUUUCUUCUCAAAGUGAGAACAUGGAAUCUGAACAGUCCACUGACCUGUAUGAAAACAACCGGGAUGUUGAUCUUAGUCGCCAGUCCCUCCGGAGUACAAAGAAAGAUUCCCCAACAUCAUCCUUCAGAAAACACAAAAAGAACGUCCGGGACAAGACCCAGGAUGAGGAUGAAAAAGACAGCUACGUUGAGACUAGAUCGAAAACCAGAACCUGGCAUUCAGAUCCUGAUCGGGACCAGAUAUCAGACGGAGAGGGACAGAGAAGUACUGGGUCAUUUUACUCAGAGGACUAUGAGAAUGAGUCUCCUUCAGAGCGUUCGCUCUCACCAUACUCCCGUUCCCAGACUCCAUCUCCUACUCCUCAAAAAGGGGUGCAGGCAAAGAAGAAUUCUAGCAGCCCCCUCUACAAGACAGGUCGUUUGGGGCGCCGGGGUGUGUCCCGCCCACAGCGUCUAGGUGGCCAACCCCUGAUCCAGCAGCAUUUCAAGGGAGUACGAUCACAAAGCAAAGAUUCCACACCCCCUAAAGACCUGGACCUCGUGACCAAGCGGAUGCUUUCGGCCCGCCUGCUAAAGAUCAAUGAAUUGCGUAAUGCUCUUGCUGAGCUGCAACAGCGCACUGAUGAGCUGCAGAAGGAAAACCGAAUCCUCAGACAACUUCAGGUUCGUCAAGAGAAAGCCUUGCAGCGCUAUGACGACACAGAAAGCGAGAUUUCCCAGUUGCUGUCACGCCACUCCAAUGAUAUGCACGUGCUGCGCGAGCGGCUCAGGCGCACUCAGGAGCGGGAACGGACAACUGAUCGGAGGCUGAAGGACAGCGAGGAGCAGCUGCAAAGGAGUCAGGCGACCAUCGCACGGCUAAAGAAGCUGGUCGACCAGCGAGAGUUAGGAGCCAGGGAUGAGCUAAGCCGCAAGCUGGAGGAAGAGAAGGCACGGGCCCAAGAGGCAGAACGCAAGAUUAAGGAGCUGGAGCGUAGCAUGGAGCUGAGCAACAGCAGUUACCAGAGGCAGUUGGCUGCAGAGAGGAAAAAGACCGUCAGUGCCCAGGAGGAGAUCAGGACUCUGCAGGAGGAGCUGGAACGACUGAUCAAUAAACUUAAGGAGAAGGAGAGGGAACUAGAUGCCAAGAACAUUUAUGCCAACCGCAUGGUGAAAGCCUCCGUAAGAAAAGAUACUGACAGUUGCACAAAACGGAAAGUGCCCAGCAGGAACUGCACCAAGGCAGUGCAGACUGAAGACAGGGUGUCUAGUCUGGAUUUCCCCACACCUCCCCCUGCCAUCACUGAUGCCAAUGAUUACAGUGAACGGGGAUCUGAUGAAUACCUGUCACUCAAAGAACUUGACAGAGUGGACAGAGGGGAAGAGACAGAAGAUAAGCAUCAACACUGGGAACAGCAGAAAAUGAGAGACAAGGAAAAAGAAACGGACAGGGAGAAAGUGCAGGAGAAGGAGAAACAGCAACUCAGCCAGGAGCUGAAUGUGCUUGAAGAGAAGGCAAAGAGACUAAGAGACGGCUGGGAGAGAGAAAUGGAGGAGGAAGGCAGAAAGAAGACAAGUUCCCUGUUUAACCAGAAGGAGGAAGAGACCAACAGGAAGCGUGGUCACGUCCAGGACGAGGUGGACAAGUGGAACCAAGAGGCUCUGGCCAGUCAGCAAGUAGCAGAGGAAGCACGUCGCAAAAAAGAGCAGCUGCUGGCCAAGAUGCGCGAAAUAGAUUGUCAAAACCAGGGAGUCCAGGACUCCAUGUUUGCAGAGUUGGGUCCCUCUGGGUCCAGUAAGAGUACCAGUAGCCAUUCAUCUCCUCAUCCCCCUGAGCAGAGGAACCAUAACUCAAAUUCAGUUUUCAGCCUCACAGAACCAGAGGAGUCAGCCAGUUUGCGUGCUGGUGCUGGAAGCAGGGAAGGUGGAAGGAGAAGACCAGGCAUAGAGGGUGGAGCAGGUACAACUGGAGUGGGGAGGAGAGCACUACGCACCCAAUUCUCCAGUGACGACUUGGCAUUCGGAAGCUACGCGCCUUCUUUCGGGAAUUCAGCUUCCAGAGGGUCUUCUGGUUUCCCUCCACCUCCACCCAAAGAGGAAGCAAUAGGUGUUUUUAGUCUAAGAGGGGUGGAGACAGGAAAAGAAAAGGACACAGAGAAAGGAAUGGGGAAGGACAGGAAGUCUAGCCUCAUGCAGCAGCUGUUUGGUGCCCUGAACACACAUGCUGGUGACAGUGUGAGCACCUCCAAUAAAAUGGAGGUCCUCAGUAGUCCUCCAGCUACGAAUGGAGUACGAUCAAGAAGGGAAGGACUGUUCAGCUUUAACUCUGGGUCUUCCACUCCACCAUCAUCCUCUUUAAGCACUCUACAGGUAGCAGAUAGCAGACCUGCCAUACGUGCCAUCACCUCAUUUGAUGAUGACAUAGAGGAGCUGACUUUAUGAAAGUAACUUAGAUCAGAGGUAGUCAGUCUCAUAGUAGGCCAUCACUUGUGUCAGCCACAAAUCAAGAUAAAAUGGGGUGAUUUCCAAAAUAUAAGAAAUCGAGUGAUGAGCUUGGUCCGUAAAUGCUGAACACUACUGAUUUCUCAAUAAAAUUUUCAACAUUAUCAACAAAUCUAAACAUAGAAGACAUUUUCUACAAAGAAUCUAAAAUUCUGUUUCACUACAGUAUAAGCGAUAAAUAAUUUAACUUGUGUUACUGUCUUUAUCAUGCAGAAAAUGUGUAAUUGAAUGUGGAUUUCAAGUAUUCAUGUGACUGCUUAUACCAGACAUUUUGACCCUUUUUGCUCUUUUUGUUUUAAUACUAGUUGCACUUUUAUGACUUUUCUUUGUUGCACUUGUUAAAUUUGAAGACAUGUUUCACUCAGAAUAUGACUGGUAUUUCAUCUGAGCAAUACAAAACCAGCAGAGCCACAACUACACACAGGAUACCCUCAUCUAGAACAUUUGUCCAGUACACAAAGACCCAACACACAGGCCAUACAGACAUUGCUGGAUGCAAAACACAUUUCUGUACAUUUCACAUUUUAGUGCUUUGCCAUAUUUUGUAGAAAUAAUAAGUAAGAGGUUGCUGUUAUUAUUAAUUGGUUAGGCGUUUAUUUAUUUAUUUAUUUUUUUGGGUGUAUCAUUCUUGAACAAAAUUUCAUACAUUUAUGAUAAUCUUUGAGAUCUUUCAGAGUCCAUGCCACAAGAACUUACCACUAAGUGAUAUGACAGUCAUACUAUGUGUUGAAUUUGUUGCUGAAUUUCUGACAAUUACAUAAAACGGGUUAUUUUGAAACUGCAGGUUUAUGACUCCCAAUAUUACGCAGAUUCUAAUUUAACUGACCCCAUCGAAAAUCUAAUUAAGGCUAUUAUGGCGAAUAUUCAAUAUAAUGUUCAGCCUGUUGAACUGUAGUGUAGUUUGUGUGUAAUGUGGCAUAUGUUUUGUAUUAACAAAAAUCACCAGCACCAAAAAUAUUAGGCGGUUUAGGGCUAUUUAUAGGAGUGCCACUGGAAAUGCAGACCACCCUCGUCACACCAGCUCACUUGCAUCUCUGCAUCUCUUAAAAUCUCCAGUUUAAUUCCUGGCACGUUCAGGGCUCUUGUCCCCUGCACUGAUACCUCUCAUGCGAUGAACAAUCAGCACUCAAACAAACCAAUGGUGGCUGUAAAAGAUGCUACCUGUUGAGUUUCAACUAUAUUGAAAUGCAUAGACAAUAUUCUCUAUUUUUAUCUCUAUUUAUUUAGUUAUGGUGUAUUCAUAAAACAAACAGUUCAUAAGGAGAAAUGACUGUAGAUUCUUAUAGCAGUUCCUACCACACUGAAUCGGCAAGCUGUAAAAUUAGUAUUUGUAUAUUCUUCCACGGCUUUGAGGAGCUCUUUGUAUUUAUUCACUCAGAAUUUAAUAGUCAUUUUCGUAAGGGAAAUAUGUAACCAAUGAAAACUUUGUGUGUCUGUUUUCGUGUUCUGAAUUUUUCAUAUUUUGUACUUAUUGUCCAGUUGUAUUGUUUUAAAAACAAAAGGUUUAUUUGUUGUAUUUUGUUGAAUGA